ACAAACUCUAUAAUGGAGCUCCAGCUUUUCAGCCUAUGGGCAAUUUGGUCAUUUCUCCUUCUCUCUUCCCUGGACGUUCCAUUCUUGUUAGGAACUGCCGCUAACUUCUCCAAUGCAACGGAUCGACUUGCUUUGCUUCACUUCAAACAUCUGAUAACCGACGAUCCUCUCCAUUCCCUGAGCUCAUGGAACCAUACUCUCCACUUCUGUCACUGGCAAGGAAUCACCUGCGGUGGUCGCCGGCAUCCUCAAAGGGUCACCGUCUUGAACCUCACUAGCCAAAACCUGGUGGGCCCCAUAUCUCCCUACAUAUCAAACCUCACCUUCCUCAGGAUAAUUGAUCUUUCAGACAACAGCUUUCAUGGUGAAGUUCCUGAAGAGAUUGGCCAUUUGUUUCGCUUACAGUAUCUCUUUCUAAGCAAUAACAGAUUCGUGGGAGAAAUUCCAGCAAAUCUCACCCACUGUUCAGAACUCAAAGUCCUUUCUCUUUACAAGAACGAGUUCACAGGGAGUAUUCCAAUUGAGUUAUGCUCUCUAUUGAAACUCAUCAGGUGGACUGUUAGUAAAAACAAUCUUACAGGAAGCAUCCCACCUUCACUUGGAAACCUUUCAUCUCUCACUUUCCUUCAACUCUCAUAUAAUAAUCUGGAGGGCAGCAUACCGGGUGAGCUCAACCGGUUGGUAAGCAUAAAGUUUCUUGCAUUUGGUUUCAAUAAACUAUCAGGUACGAUUCCACCCCAGCUAUACAAUCUCUCCUCUAUUAUUGCUUUCGACGUUGGAGGUAACAGAUUCCAUGGAAACCUUCCUCCUAACUUAGGAGUCACUCUUCCUAAUCUUCAAGAGCUUUACUUUGGAGGAAACCAAUUCACAGGAUCCAUACCAGUUUCAUUAACCAAUGCUUCGGGACUUGUAGAUAUUGAGCUUCUAAACAAUAGUUUUAGCGGAUCUGUGCCCAUGAAUCUUGGAAGCCUGAAGGGUCUCACUUGGUUAUCUUUCAGCCUCAAUAGACUUGGAGUUGGGAAAGCUAGUGACUUGAGUUUUCUUGAUUCUUUAACCAAUUGCAGUAGCUUAGAACAUCUCGACGUUAGCAGAAAUCAUCUCAGCGGUGUGUUGCCUGACUUCAUUGCUAAUCUUUCGACGCAACUGACAACGCUAGGUUUUGGAAGUAAUAGGAUAUUUGGAAGCAUCCCAUCUGGGAUUCAGAAUCUUGUUGGCUUAACAGGGUUGGGUAUGGAAUAUAACUUUUUAACAGGUACUAUUCCCUUUGGUGUUGGGAAGCUUAAGAAGAUGGAAGAACUUUACUUGGGUGGUAAUGAAUUAUCUGGGGAAAUUCCAUCUUCCUUGGGCAAUAUCACCAUCUUGUCUCUAAUCAGUUUAGAUCAAAACGCUCUAUCGGGAAGCAUACCUUCAGCUCUUGGUAAUUGCAAAAACCUGCAAUUCAUAUACCUCGAUAAUAAUAACUUUAGCAGUAGCUUACCCAAGCAACUUCUUACAAUUCCCUCUUUGAUUCAAAUUUAUGUUGAAAGCAACUCUCUUACUGGCCGUCUUCCAUCGGAAGUCGGUGAGUUGAGAGCUCUUGGAAAAUUCAGUGUUUCUAGGAACAAAUUAUCCGGUGAAAUUCCAAGUUGGCUAGGUAAUUGUCUCAGUCUAGAGUAUGUCUGGUUAGAUGGGAACUUCUUUCAAGGAUCAAUUCCUCCAACAUUUAAUACUCUAAGAGGCCUUCAAUACCUGGAUCUUUCACACAACAACUUGUCUGGGAAGAUUCCAGAAUUCCUGGAGAAGCUUCUUGUUCUUCGGUAUCUAAAUCUGUCUUUCAAUAAUUUCGAGGGUGAAUUACCAAAAAAAGGGGUCUUUGGAAAUGCCAGUCAAGUUUCAGUGCUCGGAAAUAGUAAGCUUUGUGGGGGUAUUCAUGAAUUACAAUUGCUUCCAUGCUCUAGCCAAACUUCCAAGAAAGGGGGGAUGUCUCAUGCUUCAAAAGUAAAAUUCUCAAUAAUUGGUGUUGUCCUGGGUCUUAUUUCAUUAUCAUGUUUCUUCACCGCUCUUUAUUGGGUAAGAAAGUCGAGAAGGAAAUCUCCUUCUGUGCCUUCCUCCGAGGAUCCUUUUAUGAACGUGUCUUAUGCAGAGCUCUUUAAAGCAACAGAUGAGUUCUCUUCUGCCAAUUUGGUCGGCACUGGAAGUUUUGGCUCUGUAUAUAAAGGGUUCCUAGAUCGUAUUGGAACUAUGGUAGCAGUGAAAGUCUUCAACCUUCAACGACAAGGAGCUCUGAGAAGUUUUAUGGCCGAAUGUGAAGCGUUGAGAAAUAUUAGGCAUCGGAAUCUUGUUAAAAUCUUAACUUGUUGCUCAAGCAUUGAUUUUAAGGGCAAUGAUUUUAAAGCUCUAGUUUAUGAGUACAUGUCUAAUGGAAGUCUAGAAAAGUGGUUGCACAAAGAUGGUUAUGACCAGCUGGAAAGGAGCUUGAAGUUUAUUCAAAGGCUAAACAUAGCUAUAGAUGUGGCUUCUGCACUGGAUUAUCUACACAAUCAUUGCCAAACGCCAAUCAUCCAUCGUGAUCUGAAACCGAGCAACGUUCUUCUUGAUGAUGACAUGAUUGCACGUGUGGGUGAUUUCGGGCUAGCUAGGUUCUUAUCGGAGGUUGCUCAAAGUAGCUCAGUUGGGAUGAAGGGAUCCAUUGGAUACAUCGCUCCAGAGUAUGCGAUGGGCCAAAAAGCAUCUACACAAGGAGAUGUUUACAGCUAUGGAAUCCUUCUAUUGGAGAUGAUCACGGGAAAGGGGCCAACUGAUGUCAGGUUUAAGGACAAUUUAAGCCUUCAUCAGUUUGCUAAGUUGGCUAUGCCUGAACAAGUAAUGGGGAUUGUUGAUCCACAACUGCUCUUGGAAGAAGCUGAAAUUUCAGAAGGCAAUGAAACUCAUAUGAAUGCAAGGAAUAUAUUUCAUGACUGCUUGAUUUCUGUGGUCGAAAUCGGUGUAUUGUGCUCUGUGGAAUCUUCAAGAGAACGAAUGCAUAUGAAAGAUGUUGUUGCAAAAAUACAUGCAAUCAAGGACAUGUAUCUCAGGUUGGGAUUCACCAAGAGAUACAGGUUAGGUCACCGGUACUAGAUGAAAGUUUGUCUUACCUAAGUCAUUAGUAAAUUAUUAGUCAUAGUUAUCUUGAGAAUGAUUUCAAAAUAAAAUGAGUGUAUUAAUUAAUGAAUACUUUUCUAAACAAGCUCUAGAUAUAUUUAGUCUUGACUUAAAGAAUGUACUUGUAUUGAUAUUGAAUAUAUAAG